UCCAGACGUCCAGCGCUGCCCUGUAGGCUACAUUAUUAAUGAUGCCACAGAAACUAAACCUGUCCGAGAAACCAUAUGUCGAGAGAGAAAGACAUAGAAAUACUGUCAGCUACCUAGUUUCAAGAUUAUGUCAGGCAGGAGCACGGCUGUGGAUCGGAUCAACUUCAAACCAUGAUGUCGCAAUGCUGAAGGAGCCAUAAACAGAAGAAAGUGUCCAUGGAGGGAGAUCCAGAGGAAUCAGAUGAGGAUCAUCAGGGACCCACUGUGCUGUGGGAGAAGUGCAUCCAGCAGAGCAUCUUUGUCGACCUAAGCGAGGAUGAAAGUCUCCACUUAAGUGAUUUGGAGAAUUCUUUAGCUUUACAUCUCUCCCAGGCAGAGUCUGCUGCCUCUGAGGCCAGCAUCCAUCUCAGUGGGAGCGCAGAGCUGUCAGCCUUGGAUGACACCUCCUCGGAGUCCAGUAUUGUGAGCAGUCAAAGUGAGAGGGUGGUAGAGAACAAGACCAAGAGCAGCAUACUGCAUGUGUCUGCCCAGAGACCAAACACCAUGCAAGAUGAGCCACCCUUAAAGCGUGAGUACGAGGACCCAGGUGAGAAUACUAGUGACGAGGAUCAGGAGGACCUACCUUAUGAUGUUGACCUUGGAAGUCUGUACUUCAACCAGACAGCUGGCUCUGAGGGCAACACGAGCUCUGACAGUAGAGAAACUGUUCGUGCAAGUCCUGAUGGCCCUGGUCUGCUUGAGUUGACUACAACAAAUGGAGAUGACACCAGUGAACGUUUGGUUUCUGUUGAGAGACCAAAAGUUUUGUCGCAAGAGGAUGUUGUCUUUUUUGAUGCUUCCAAGCCAAGUGAGGUUUCCCCAUCAUGCCCUUGUCCUGCAGACAUUAACCAGUUGCUACUGCGACACUUCUCCCAGGAAGAGUUGCUGAGACCAGGUAGGCUGAUCGAGGCAGAGACCCUGCCGGAGGUGUCCCUACUGGAGAGCAUGGACGACAAUGUUUUGAGCUGGGCUCCAACACACAACACAGCUAUUCAUAGUAACCACUCAGGGAACUCUGCUUGUAAUUCUGAGAUAAAUCAAAGUGUCUUCUCUGGCAGGACUGAUGAAAAUAGUCAUGCUGCAUCAAAACAUUCAAGUCUAGAGGAAGAGGUCGAAAGGAAAAUUGAUAAUUCCACCUCUGCUGCUGACAGCGUUGCAUCCAGCUGUGCAAGUAUAGACUCAAAGCAGAGCAGUGGGGACAAGAGUGCUGUAGAUGUAGUGAAGCUGGAAAAGUUUGAAGAGGACAAUCAAAUAGAGAAAGUCCCACUUGUGCACACCAGGUCCUUCAGCGAGAUGAAGUAUGGCCAAGGACAAGUCCAUUAUCCGCUCCCUGACUUCUCUAAGGUUGCCCCCAAGGUAAAGAUCCCCAAAGCUCCAAGUGGACCUGCCAAACCUGUUCCUCAGGAGACCAGCUCCAUGCACAGAGCCCAGUCCUCUCCGGGUAUGUUGGAGGUGAUCAGCAGAGUCCUGGAGGAUUCAGUCCAGCCCUCAGAGAUGCCUUAUGUCUUCAAAGAUGAGGAGAAACAGACUCAUCCAGCGCUGGUGCAUCACCUGCAGGCUGAAUAUGAUAAAUUACUAACCAAAUAUGCUGAGGCAGAAAACCUUAUUGAUAAAAUGAGAAUAGGAACCAAUACUCAGCCCUCCUCAGAACUAAUGCUGUAUUCAGAGUGUGAAGAUGAUCAUCAGAGAAACGUAGUUGAGGGAAGCCAUCUUGGAUCCUUGGCUCCUAACCGUCCCCCAUCAGAAAACUUUGGUGAAAAAGGAGGAAGAGCCCCCGAGAGCAACAUUGCGGAGGUGAACGCAGCUUCCUCCAGCCCGCCUGAAGAGGAUCUCAGUGAUGGGGAAAGAAUGACUGCUGAGCUGAGAGACAUCAUCAGCCCGUUCAUGCGGAAGGUGGAGGAAUUCAAAGUGAGUGUAAGCAUCAUGUCAGUGAGCACAGCAGAACAGCAAAUGAUGCUGAGGAGCAUGAUGGAGGCUCAGGACCAGCUGGAGAGGAAAUACAUCAGUAAGAAGGAGGAGCACAGAGCUCUGGAGAUGCAGAACUACAUGGGUCUGUCCAGGAACACUGGCACCUUUGACCCAAACAGGCUGGUGGAGGGACAGAUAUUCAGGAUAGGGAUGCUCCUUGAAGACAUAAAGGAGCUGAUAGACAAAAACGUGUGUGAGCAGAUUUCCCCACCCCACUCGUCCUCCACCCCCACGCCCAUGAAACAGAUGCUACAUGUGAAGCCCAGUCCCACACCACCAUCCCUGCAUGAGGGUCCAUGUGCAGGUUUUUCCACUAUGAGUUUCAAGAUGGAGACACACAAAGAGGAAGAAAAGGAAGAGGAAGUGGAGGAGGCCAGUGAGGUCCCUGGCGAUGGUGGAUUGGAGCAAAGCAGUGAGCCCAUAGCUGCUGACUCUGUCCUGAAAGACCCUGGGCAUAACAGCUGCCAUUCACGGGGCUCGCGGGACUCUCUGGAGAGACUGGACAUCCAGACAGCUGAGGGCGAGGAGGGCGAUGAAGAGGAGAGGAGCUCUCUCUCUGUCCUGUCAGAGGGGAUAGAUCAUAGUAACAUCUUAGAUUACCUGAGUGGAACCAGCUCAACCUCAAGACGGAGGGAGUGGACGCCUGAAAGCACAGCGGAGAGUGUCCUUAUCCCAGAGGAUGACUGUGAUCUGGGUGAUUGUGUGAGUCUGGCUGUAGAGGUCUCCUCUUCCUCCGAUGCACCCAGACAGUCGGACCCCGACGGCCACUCAGAGCCUCCUCUCGGCACCCCAUGUGCAUCACAGAGGAUCGUGAGCCCAGAGACAGACAGCGGAUUUGGGAGCUCUUACUUGAAUCAAUCCACCACUGAUGGACCAUUUCAAUCAAAUCUGCUCACAGAAAGUGUGCAGUCCCAUAAUGAUGCUCUAAGUAGCUCUGACAGUGAGGGCUCCUGCUCCAACCUGCAGACAGCCAUCCAUUCAGCCUCACUGAACAGCCAGCGGUGGGCCAGCCCCCACCCGUCUGUCCAAACACAGUCCUGUGGUGCAGCAGCUGCAGUGGAGCUGUGGGUGGAGAGCAUCACUAAGGAGCCUUCGGUCAGGCUACAGGGAUCUGAUCCCAGCCUGCCUGUACAGCUCCAUCACCGUAUUUCUGAACCGGGACUCAGCACUACCAUGGAUACAGAGGAGAGAAACAGCCAAAUGUAUUCCUGCUCUUGUAACAGUGAGGUUAUCCUGGCCUUGCAGUCAGAGGUGUCCAGGCUGAAGAAGGACCUGGAGGAGAGCUUAGUCCAGUUGCCUCACCUGGCACAGAAGAUGGACUAUCUCACCUCCAAAUACAGACAGGAUCGUCAGGAGCGCAGGUCUAAAACCAGACCCAGGACCCACCUAAGACCAGCUUGUAACAGUGUAUGGAAAUCAUCAAACAGCAGACAAAAUAUUAGUAAUCUUAUUUCUAGUCCUGCAAGAAUAGAGGACUGGAUCUCUUCAGACAUGGACCCCAGUAAGAGCAAAGGUACAGACAGUGGUGAUAAUGCAGGCUCUGAGAUCAUGUCUCACUUCCACAAUUCACCUGUAGGGAGCAGAAGAGGAAGCGGUGCACACUCUGGACCUGAGUUUCAAUUUAAACUUCAGGGGACACUGCAGUCCAACAGAGGGACAGAAGGAAACUGCUCAGUGAAAAGGUCUGGUUUGACCAGCUCCAUUUUAAAAGGAGGGGUCGCCUCUGACAGCCAUACUGAACAAAGACCACAGACAGCCGUCAUGGAGGGUUUUUACUCCAAGGAGGGGUGGUCUCUCCUCGCCUCUCCAUCUCUCCAGAAGCCUCUCCUCCAGGUCGGCUAUGGCUCCUCCAGCAGCCUCCCAGCCAGCUAUAAAGUGAGGGAGCCGCCGCCGCCGCUCUCCGUGUCCCAUCACAGGAAACGAUCCACACAGUCAGACACGGCACUCCUGCCCAGCAACGUGUACUUCAAGCAGACACUGUCCCCUGUCUCACUGCCCUCAAAGACCGUCAGCAGGACAGGCAGACGCAGAGGGAGCAAGGAGGAAGAAAUGGGCAGGACUCUUGACCAGGCUAUUGAAGUGGCCCGCAGCAUGAAGAGGACCACCGACCGGAUGGCCAAGAGGCUGUCAGCUGACAUGGACAAAGCUCAACUCUCCAGGAAACUGCACAACAUGCAGCCACUAGGGGGCAGGAAACACCAUGCAUUAUAACACCCAGGGUGCAGACCAGUUUACCCAGUAAUCAACAGUCUGCCAGUCCCUAUGAUAAAUGAGCCUAUGUAGAAUAUAUUUCUGUUGGGUGAUAAGGGAAUAUCUCUGAUGUUGAGUUAUUGAAAGACCUUUUUGUGUUAAGUUAUUGCUUUUGUACAUGAUUAUAUAUUUAUAAUGGGCAGAAAAGCCUGAAAUCACCUGGAUAACACUGUAAAAUUAAAAUGUCGAUAUUAUAGCCUUACCUAAACAUUGUUUAGGUUUUCAGAAUUUUAAAGCAAAUUAAUAUUUUUGUUGAUCUACAGCAUUUUGUUUAUAUUGAGUGUCUUUACAUUUGAUUUUAUAUUCCUUCUUUCUUCAGCAUCCAAAUGUGUAACUUCUUUAUAUCCACUUUAGUGAGCAGUUUUUGAUAUGAAUCCAAUAUCAGAUCAAUACUGUUCAAUAUAUUGCUCCGAGACUUACCUUUUUUAUCUGUAAUGCAUCCAUCACACCACUCCAUCUUUAGUUAGGGGGCAGCAUCGGCCACAUUGUCCAAUGUCACUCAGCAGAUAAAGUAAUAAACAUGAAGUCUAUCUUUU